AUGUCGCCCACAAACAGUUUCCGUGCGUGGCUUGUCCACAUUCUCCUUGUAUUCUCGACGGCACUGCUUGCCGAUGCAGAUGACCAAGUCCCUCUGGGGAUGGCAUCUGGCACUGCUCCCCGCAGAGUAGCCAUCGUUGGGGCGGGCGCAGGGGGCUCGUCGGCUGCUUAUUAUCUCCGCCAAUAUGCGGACUACUUCCGAAUACCCGUCAACCUUACUGUCUUUGAACGCAAUCCCUAUGUGGGUGGACGCUCGACGACAGUGAAUGUCUUUGACAAUGCUUCUUAUCCAGUUGAACUGGGAGCCUCAAUCUUCGUUGAAGUCAACUACAAUCUAAUGGAUGCGGCCAAGAAGUUUGGUCUGAACCUUACCGGUGCCGGUCAAAGUCGCCCCAAUGAAGCCGAGGAAAUGAUUGGGAUUUGGGACGGCGAGCGCUUCGUCUACACACAGAGCGAGUCGUUAAGUUGGUGGAACAUCGCCAAAUUGCUCUGGAGAUACGGAUUGGCGCCCAUCCGGACCCGAAAUCUGAUGAAGGAUACGGUGAACAGAUUUGUGAAGUUGUACCAACGGCCAUAUUUCCCCUUCUCGUCGCUAUCCUCGGUCGCAGUCGAACUUGGACUUAAUAAAGCCACGGCGGCCACGGGGGCUGAAUUUCUCGAAGCAAAUGGAAUCUCCGCAGCGUUUUCGCGAGAAAUAAUCCAGGCCAGCACAAGGGUGAACUAUGGACAAAAUCUCGCCUUGAUUCACGGGCUGGAGACGAUGGUCUGUAUGGCCACGGACGGCGCUGUCUUUGUGGAAAAUGGAAAUUGGCAGAUUUUCGCGGGGAUGCUGAAUUCAUCCCAAGCCAAUGUCAAUCUCAAUACGGCGGUGACUUCCAUCAAACGCAACAGCAAUGGCACAUUCACCGUCUCUCACGUACAUGAUAAUCAUUCUCCAGAGCAGUCUCUGUUCGAUGAUGUCGUGAUCGCCGGUCCCUUCCAGGAAUCCGGCAUUGCAAUCUCUCCACCUUUGGACCACGUUCCUGAUACGAUUCCCUACGUGACUCUUCAUGUGACCCUCUUUUCUUCUCCGCACCGGUUGUCCCCACGGUUCUUCAACCUAGAAGAUACAGAGGUGCCAGAAACCGUUCUGACAACUUUACCACAAGGUUUGGAUCUUGGGCCUCGGGAGGAUGGAGUUGGCCCGUCUGGGUUCUGGAGCAUCAGUACGCUCGCGAAGGUACAGCCCCCGGCGGAGCAUGAGGCGAGUGACACUCCGCAGGAGCAUUAUGUAUAUAAGAUCUUCUCGCCGGAGCGGCCGACAGCGGAGUUCCUGGCAAGCGUGCUUGGUGUCGAUGCGCCACAGGGUGCAGGCAACUUGACGAUUGGCGAUCUCCCGAAACAGGAUAUCAGUUGGUUUUAUGAGAAGACCUGGCACUCUUACCCAUAUCUGUAUCCACGACAGACCUUUGAACAGAUCAGCCUGGCAAGCAACCUGUGGUAUACUAGCGGCAUUGAGAGCUUCAUCUCGACUAUGGAGACGAGCUCGCUGAUGGGCAUGAACGUGGCAGGACUAAUGAUUGAGAACUGGCUUGGGAGGCAUGUUGAAUGGAACCGUUGGACGAAGACGGACAGCACGGAGCUAUGA